GGAAUGUCCUCAACCAGACACUCCAUGUACGCUCUGCAGAGCCUCCAGUUCAGAGAGCGGUGCACUGCAGUUUUGGUCCUGAGGAGACUCUGAGAAAUCGAGCGAUUUCUUGCCCAACUAAAGACUCGAAAGGAGUACACUUGCCCAAGACGAGCACAAAAUAGGAGUGACACAUUGUGAAUCCAACUACUUUCCCACGCUAGCUGAAAGUGAUCAUAACAUCAGUGAUGUAAUUCAUUCUCAUAAAGAUGGAGGCAUCUAGAACAUUGGUAUGUCAACUAAGGGGAAAACGAUCUUGUGUAAUGGUCGCGACACGCCCCUGCACCAUUGACACGACACCAGUUACCUCCUGACCUGUUGAAUUUGUUACGGCGACGUAGUCGGAGACUGAAAAGCGCCGAGUGUUGUCUAGAAGACAUUCCAGGUCCACGAAGCUUUUGACGUGGAUGAGCAAGUCAAAGCUAUCCGGGUUGAUGAGACCGUGACGUUUCUCGGCUUACCUGGAUAUCCACGGUAGCCGACAUAUGUACAGGCUCUGGAAGUUUACAUCUCUCACGGGACAUGAAGAACCCCUUCGCACCUGAUAACUGACAAGCGGAUUGACAGAACCGAAGAGAGCCUUCCGUUGCUUUCGUGACAGGUGGUAUCUAUGCAGCAGAAAGCAUGAAAGAGAGCCAUCACGAACUGUUGUAUCACAUGGGCGUUCGGACGAUGAUGACUGUCAGUCCAAGUUGGAGAAGGAUUAGGAUAUCGAAGACCGCAAAGGAGAGAGAUGUGCUAGACAAGACAGCGAGCUUCAGUAAUCCUUGUCAGCCUGAGCAUAUAAAGGCCUUCUCGGCACCAGGACGGUCUGUGAGAUGGUUCACAGAUGCUUUAUUUGCCUCGAUCAGGAUGAGGCUGGUGUACAUGGACCGAAUGAGACUUUCAGCAAUACUAUGAGAUAUAAAGUUUUGAAAUGACAAAACAUAUCGGGUUACAGGUGAUUCAUUCCCGAGUUGGGAACGGAAACGGCGAUUCAGAAUGUCGGGCGAGCUCCUGUCGCGCCUACAGAUAUCACUGGUCACUGGGUAGUUCACGUAAUUUGCUGAAUGUUGGAGUGUACGACUUUGAAAUAUGCUAAAAUAGUCUCCGAAGUCCUCCGUAGUUUGGCUGUGAGGAAAAUGAAAAAGAUAGAAAACAAUUUUCUUUUGAAAACUCUCAUAGGAUUGUUUUUGUAAGUGGCUUGCAGCUGAACUUGACUGUGAAUAGUCAUCCAGACCACAAUGUCUCUGUCAACAUGGAAGCAAGUUGAUAGCAUCUUCAGUCCAGAUCUAUUGUUGUUGAUAGCAUUGAGCAUCCGGAAUCUUUCAAAGGGAUGGAGGGUUCUAAGAACACUGUUGUUUUGGCGCUGAUAAGUUUUUCUACAAAUGCUGGAACUCUUACUAGUGAGGUCUUGGCAGAUGAUCCGGAUCCUCACGUGAACCUUUAUCCCCAGCAAAUUGCAGCACACUGCGAACCCGCUUU